AUGGCUCCUUUUCCUAACGAGCGCAUCCAUCAUGCAGCAUGUCACCACCGUCUGUUCAUGCAUCGUCCCGCUCUCCAUCACAACUUCGUUCACCACUAUCGCAUGCCUCAAGUGCCACGCAAAGGCGCGCACACACACACAAUAUACAUGAGCGUCUCAGCGCAACGUGAGAGGACCGUGGCCGAAAUUGCACGACGAGAGUGCGCGCUGCUCACAAGACUGGUCACUACCAACCGACGGAGCAGGGUGUACAGGCACCACCUCUUUUUCCGCCGCGCUCGCCACGCCGUGCAACUUGCAAGGAAGUGCUACAACGCAGCGAAUCCUAACUUACAGAGGCGCAAGGAGAGACGACAGUCCGCGGCGCUGCUCUCGGCGCACCGCGCGCUGAUCAAGGCGGUGGAGCACUGCACUGCGGAGCUGGCCGCUAACCGCAUUGACACAAUCGCCCUUUGCGUCGCAUUCAUCGGCAUCCUGUCACGACUUGGCUGCUGCGUAGGGCAGACGAUCUUGCUGAGUGGCGGUGCAGCGCUGCUCCCCAGCUCGUGCCCGGACUCCUACGUCCGCUACCUGGCAGCGACUGUCCUCGCGCAGCCAUCGACGAGUCCCUCCCCUCCUCCCCCAUCUCCCACGUUCCACGUCGCCCCGCCAGAAAAUCUGCGAGAAAAGAGCAGCAGUCGCUCUUACGGCGACAUUGUGAACCGGCUAGUAAAACAACCGCCAAGGAGGAAACGCUAG